AUGGAAGAGCAGCUGUAUGGGCUUUAUGAUCGCCAGAUAAGGCUUUUUGGGAAGGACACGCAAAGGUUAAUAGAGGAGUCGCAUGUAGGCAUAGUACAAGGCCCUCCAUAUAUGCUGGAGGGAAACGAAAGAACCAAUGACAUUGGAGGGGAAAUACUAAAGAACCUUGUUCUUCUUGGUGUGGGGAGAGUGACAGUGAACGAGCAUGUGCUCAGGUCUUUCAGGAGAAUGUUUGUUAACGAGGUUAGCAAAAUAAAUGAGAAGAUAAGGGUGGAGGUGAUUGACGAAGAGCAUCAGGAGGGUGCUUGGGACGGAUACACUCUGGUCAUAUUCAUCGACCAGAAAGAGCAGGCAAGAUGCCCGAGCAUUUUUGUGUGCUCCAGAUGCGUGGCGUUCCAUGCACCAGAGAAGGAGCACCUCUGCGAAAGGCACAGUAGCGUCUCAGCUGCCCACGACUGUCUUCUAGGGGCAAUAGUUGUACAGGAAUGGGUGAAGAGGCUCCAGAACAGGCACUCUGUAGAUGAGUACUGUGUUGAGCUUUAG